AUGGCGAGCGACACCACCUACCUCCGCGAGGAGGCCAUCGAUGACUCGGACGUCAUCGAUGACAGCGUGCAUACCGAUUCCGUACAUCACCGUCUUCGUGCCAACUCAACCAUUAUGCACUUUCAGAAGAUCCUCGUGGCCAACCGAGGUGAAAUCCCAAUUCGUAUUUUCCGUACCGCUCACGAGCUUUCCCUUCAGACAGUUGCCGUUUAUUCGUGGGAAGAUCGGCUGUCUAUGCACCGCCAGAAGGCGGACGAGGCCUAUAUCAUUGGUCAGCGCGGCCAGUUCACUCCUGUUGGCUCUUACUUGGCUGGCGACGAGAUCAUCAAGAUUGCUCUCGAGCAUGGCGUGCAGCUGAUUCAUCCGGGCUAUGGAUUCCUGUCAGAAAACGCCGAGUUUGCACGGAAAGUAGAGAAGGCCGGAAUUGUCUUCGUGGGGCCUACGCCCGAGACCAUCGAUGCUCUCGGUGACAAAGUCUCUGCCCGUCAGCUUGCCAUUAAAUGCAACGUCCCCGUUGUACCCGGUACUGAAGGUCCGGUCGAGAAAUUUGAGGAUGCCAAGGCUUUCACCGACACAUACGGUUUCCCCAUCAUUAUCAAGGCUGCCUUUGGAGGCGGUGGCCGUGGAAUGCGUGUCGUUCGUGAACAGGAAGCUUUGAAAGAUGCAUUUGAACGUGCCACGUCUGAGGCCCGAUCUGCCUUUGGCAAUGGCACAGUCUUUAUUGAGCGUUUCCUUGAUAAGCCCAAGCACAUCGAAGUUCAAUUGCUGGGUGACAACCAAGGCAAUGUCGUUCAUUUAUACGAGCGUGACUGCUCUGUCCAACGCCGUCACCAGAAAGUCGUUGAAUUGGCCCCCGCUAAGGAUCUGCCCGUGGAUGUGCGCGACAAAAUCCUCGGCGAUGCUGUCAGGCUUGCCAAGUCUGUUAACUAUCGCAAUGCCGGUACCGCUGAGUUCUUGGUCGAUCAGCAGAACCGUUAUUACUUCAUUGAAAUCAACCCUCGUAUUCAAGUCGAACACACCAUUACAGAGGAGAUUACUGGCAUUGAUAUUGUCGCCGCUCAGAUUCAGAUUGCCGCUGGUGCUACGCUAGAGCAACUUGGCCUGACUCAAGAUCGCAUUUCCACUCGUGGAUUUGCUAUCCAAUGUCGUAUUACCACCGAAGACCCUGCCAAAAACUUUUCCCCUGAUACUGGAAAGAUUGAAGUCUACCGAUCUGCUGGUGGUAACGGUGUCCGUCUCGACGGUGGAAACGGAUUCGCUGGUUCGAUCAUCACACCUCACUACGAUUCAAUGUUGGUGAAGUGCACUUGCCUAGGUUCGACAUAUGAAAUAGCUCGUCGUAAAAUGAUCCGAGCUCUUAUUGAGUUCCGUAUUCGUGGUGUCAAGACCAACAUUCCUUUCCUGGGCUCUCUUCUUUCUCACCCCACUUUCAUCGAUGGCAACUGCUGGACUACUUUUAUUGAUGAUACCCCUGAGCUCUUCGCGCUCAUUGGUGGCCAGAACCGUGCCCAGAAGUUGUUGGCAUACCUCGGUGAUGUUGCUGUGAACGGAAGCAGCAUCAAGGGCCAGAUCGGUGAGCCUAAACUCAAGGGAGAUAUCAUCAAGCCAGUAUUGGUCGACGAUGUCGGCAAGCCUCUCGACGUUUCCAAGCCCGCUAGCCACGGCUGGAAGCAAAUCUUGGACCAGCAGGGUCCAGAGGCUUUCGCCAAAGCCAUCCGUGCCAACAAGGGCUGUCUCAUUAUGGAUACCACCUGGAGAGAUGCUCAUCAGUCGUUACUUGCUACUCGUGUGCGAACAGCCGAUCUCCUGAAUAUCGCUCGCGAGACCAGCCAUGCCUAUAGCAAUGCCUACAGUUUAGAGUGCUGGGGUGGUGCAACUUUCGACGUUGCCAUGCGUUUCCUCUACGAAGACCCAUGGGACCGUCUACGCAAAUUGCGCAAAGCAGUGCCUAACAUUCCUUUCCAGAUGCUUCUUCGAGGCGCCAACGGUGUUGCCUACUCCUCUCUCCCAGACAAUGCCAUCUACCACUUCUGCAAACAAGCUAAGAAGAACGGCGUGGAUAUCUUCCGUAUCUUCGAUGCUCUAAAUGACGUUGAUCAACUCGAAGUUGGUAUCAAGGCUGUCCAGGCUGCCGGCGGUGUGGUUGAGGGUACUGUGUGUUACAGCGGAGACAUGUUGACCCCCAACAAGAAGUACAAUCUCGAAUACUACCUUAGCUUGGUAGACAAGAUUGUUGCCCUUGGCAUUCACGUCUUGGGUAUCAAAGAUAUGGCUGGUGUUCUUAAACCGCAGGCCGCCACCCUCUUGAUCGGCUCUAUCCGCAAGAAGUACCCCGACCUUCCAAUCCAUGUUCAUACCCAUGACUCUGCAGGUACUGGUGUUGCGUCAAUGGUUGCCUGCGCCCAGGCUGGUGCUGACGCUGUUGAUGCGGCUACUGACAGCAUGUCUGGUAUGACUUCUCAACCAAGCGUGGGUGCUAUUUUGGCUUCACUGGAAGGAACGGAAUUCGACCCCAAGCUCAACAUUCGCCAUGUUCGCGCCAUCGAUGGAUACUGGCAACAAUUGCGUCUCCUCUACUCUCCAUUUGAGGCUGGUUUGACUGGACCCGAUCCAGAGGUCUAUGAGCACGAGAUCCCUGGUGGUCAGCUCACUAAUCUUCUCUUCCAGGCCUCUCAGCUCGGGCUUGGAACCCAGUGGGCAGAAACUAAGAAAGCUUAUGAGUCUGCUAAUGAUCUUCUUGGAGACAUUGUCAAGGUCACUCCUACCUCGAAGGUGGUUGGUGACUUGGCCCAGUUCAUGGUAUCCAACAAGCUUUCAGCCCAGGACGUCGUCGACCGGGCCGAUCAGCUCGACUUCCCAGGAUCUGUUCUGGAGUUCCUUGAAGGUCUGAUGGGACAGCCAUACGGUGGAUUCCCUGAGCCUCUGCGCUCUAAGGCUUUGCGUAACCGCCGUAAGCUCGACAAGCGCCCUGGUCUGUAUCUUGAACCACUUGAUCUCGUUAAGAUCAAGAAUGAUAUCAAGGAGAAAUUUGGCACUGCCACCGAAACCGAUGUUGCCAGUUACGCAAUGUACCCCAAGGUAUUCGAAGAUUACCGCAAGUUUGUGCAGAAGUAUGGUGACUUGUCUGUGCUGCCAACACGAUACUUCCUUGCCAAACCUGAAAUCGGUGAGGAGUUCCACGUGGAGCUCGAGCAGGGUAAGGUUCUUAUUUUGAAGUUACUCGCCAUUGGCCCUCUGUCGGAGCAAACCGGUCAACGUGAAGUAUUCUACGAGAUGAAUGGUGAAGUUCGUCAAGUCACCGUAGACGACAACAAGGCAGCUGUUGACAACACAGCCCGCGUCAAGGCCGAUCCUAGCGACAGCAGCCAAGUUGGAGCUCCUAUGAGUGGUGUAGUUGUCGAAGUCCGUGUCCACGAGGGUCAUGAGGUCAAGAAGGGCGACCCUAUUGCUGUUCUCAGUGCCAUGAAGAUGGAAAUGGUUAUUUCUGCCCCUCACCACGGCAAGGUUUCAGGCCUCGCAGUCAAGGAAGGCGACUCUGUCGAUGGCCAAGACUUAGUGUGCAAGAUCGCCAAAUAA